UAAUCGAUGGAAUGGAAGGUAACCAACAAUAACCGAAGGUAACUUGGUUAUGUUUGGCAGAUACGAACGUCUGUCAACAUAGCAAGAAAAUGGGUUUAUUUGGCAAAUCCCCGGAAAGAAAUCCAAAAGAAAUGGUUCAAGAAUGGACACAUAAAUUGAGGAAGGAAGGUUAUCAACUGGAUAGACAGGUUAGAGCGAUCCAACGAGAAGAAGAAAAAGUAAAACGUUCUCUAAAAGAAGCAGCAAAGAAAGGUGACAAGGAUGUGUGCAAAGUUCUAGCAAAGGAAAUAAUACGUGCUCGGAAAGCCUGCAAUAAAAUCUGUACAUCCAAAGCUCAUUUGAACUCUGUUUCUUUGCAAAUGAAAAAUCAACUGGCAACGAUUAGAGUAGCUGGUUCGGUGUCAAAAUCUACCGAAGUAAUGCAAGCAAUGCAGUCGUUAGUUAGGGUGCCUGAGGUAGCUGCCACGAUGAGAGAAUUGUCAAAAGAAAUGAUGAAAGCUGGAAUUAUCGAAGAAAUGUUAGAUGAAACAAUGGACUCUAUAGAAGAUUCAGAAGAAGUGGAAGAUGAAGCGGAUGAAGAAAUAGAUAAAAUUUUAUGGGAAGUUACAGCAGGUCAAUUAGGUACAGCACCUGCAGUUGUUACAGACACUCCAGGGUCUGUUGCAGCAUCUACGUCCACUGAAGAAAAAGGAGAAGAAGCAGAUGAUAAAGAACUUGAAGAAAUGAAAAUGAGACUUCAAAGUCUUCGUAGUUAGGUGUAAUAUGUAAAUAAUUUAUCUAUGUUGAUUUUGUGUUAAAAUCUGCUUGCACUUAUUAAGCGUAUGCAUAUAAAACGUACAAACACUGUGGAAUGAAUGCCUAGCGAAAAUAGACACUAUAAUUUGAAAUAUUUAAAUAAUGCUUUUAUACUGAAUAACCAGAAAAAGGAUUAAGUAUUACUAAAAAAAAGAGAAAAAACAUUUUUAUUCUCUUAAUAUAGAUUUUAUAUCCAGCUUUUAUAACCUGUAUAAGAUACUAAAGUCAUAUGUACAGGGAAGCUGGCUUCUUAAGUAUAUUAUGUUUAAACACCUAUUACUUAAAUUAAUUGCAACUGUAACAUCGUGUAUAUGUAUUAUACAUAAAUAUUAAUUUUGAUUGU